AUGCCCUCGGGGAACAGCACGGGCACGACGAGCUGCCCGGAGCCCACGGCGGCGGAGCAGGAGGUGCCGGGCGAGCGGCCCCUCUUCAGCGCCGGCACCUACGAGCUGCUGGCGCUGCUUGUCGCCACCAUCGGCAUGCUAGGCUUGUGCAACAACUUGCUGGUGCUGGUGCUCUACUACAAGUUCAAGCGGCUCCGCACGCCCACCAACCUCUUCCUCGUAAACAUCAGCCUCAGCGACAUGCUGGUGUCCGUCUUCGGCGUGAGCCUUACCUUCAUGUCCUGCCUGAGGAGCCGCUGGGUGUGGGACGCCGCUGGUUGCGUAAAAAAUGGCUUCAGCACCAGCCUCUUCGGAAUUGUUUCAAUUAUGACUCUCACUGUUCUUGCCUAUGAACGCUACAUUCGAGUAGUCCAUGCAAAAGUGAUUGACUUCUCUUGGUCUUGGCGGGCUAUCACAUACAUCUGGCUCUAUUCAUUAGCCUGGACUGGAGCACCUCUUUUGGGCUGGAACAGAUACACGCUGGAAAUUCAUGGCUUAGGUUGCUCAGUGGACUGGAAGUCGAAAGACCCCAAUGAUACCUCCUUUGUGCUCCUUUUUUUCCUUAGCUGUCUAGUAGCACCUGUUGGGAUCAUGGCCUAUUGCUAUGGCCAUAUUCUAUAUGCAGUAAGAAUGCUUUGCUGUGUGGAAGAUUUCCAGACUGUUCAAAUGAUCAAACUUCUAAAGUAUGAAAAGAAGGUGGCUAAAAUGUGUUUCUUAAUGAUCUCCAUAUUCCUUAUUUGUUGGAUGCCCUAUGCAGUGGUCUCCCUCCUGGUAACAUAUGGCUAUAGCAACCUUGUAACUCCAACAGUAGCUAUCAUCCCAUCUUUCUUUGCCAAGUCAAGCACUGCUUAUAAUCCAGUCAUCUAUAUCUUCAUGAGUAGAAAGUUUCGACGAUGCCUUUUGCAACUCCUGUGCUUUCGCCUAAUGAGAUUCCAGAGGACUGUGAAAGAGACACCAGCAACAGGGAAUGACAAACCAGUACGACCAAUAGUUAUGUCUCAGAAAGCAGGGGACAGGCCAAAGAAGAAAGUGACUUUCAGCUCUUCCUCUGUCAUUUUUAUUAUCACCAGUGAUGACGCUCAGCAAAUAGAUGACAACAGUAAACACAAUGGGACAAAAGUAAAUGUCAUCCAAGUAAAGCCGCUAUAG